UUGGCAGGUAUCCUGACCUUCGAGGGGUCCUCUUCACAACAACAGCCCCAAAGACCCAACGACGAGCAUCCGACCUCUGCUCAUAUUCUUCCACACUUCGCGCCCUCCCACGAUCGCGGCGCAAGUGCAUGGUUUGGCCGUUCCAAAGUCUUCUUUCUGGCCAUCCGGCGCGCUGGUCGCCUGCACCACGCAACCUUCGCAACGAUGCAGCUCACUUCUCUCAUCCUGCCGCUAUUUCUAGCCCUUCCCAGCACUGUCCGUGCCGUCUUCGAGGAUGAGGUUGGGCAUAUCGACUACCACCACGAGCUACUCGGCGUCCCCCAGCGCGAGACGACCUUCUUCCACCGACCUCGCCGACAAGACAAAGCCAGCCUUCUAUAUACGCUUAGCGAUCUGGGUAUUGUCGGUGCCGUGAAUCCCUCGAGCGGCGCCAUCGUCUGGCGGCAACUACUCGAAGGCAACUCGACGGCUUCCAGAGGCCAUUUGCGCGCCGGGGAGGAUGAGCCAUGGGUUGUCAGCGCCCUCGACGACGCUGUACAGGCAUGGGACGCCACUACAGGUCGCAACCUCUGGUCGCUACAUUUUGAGGGGACGGUCAAGGACCUCGAGAUCAUGGAGAUGACUGGCGCCAGCAACAAGGACGUGCUUGUGCUCUUCGACGAGGCGGGCACAACAGUUGCACGCAGGAUACACGGAACCGAGGGUCGUGUGGUUUGGGAGUACCGCCAGGUCACCAACGACGUGCCCCUGCAGGUCAGCACCAACGUGGAGAAGGUGUUUGUGAUCACGCUCCACGGUUCUUUGCUUUCCUAUAGCCUCCAUGUGCUCGUCUUGGACACCGCGACAGGCAAGAAGCUAGACGAGAUCGUCAUCAGCACCAAGGGCGAGAUCCAGGGCGAGAACGACAUCAUGUUUGUUGGCGCAAACUCCGCGGCACCUGUAGUCGCCUGGACAGAUAACAACCUGAACAAGCUCAAAGUCAAUGUCCUGGGCACCAAGGCAAAGGUGGAGUUUCCUCUCACUGCCGGCGCAGUCAAUGUCGAGAUCCAUGCUCCACACACGGUGCAGUCGUCUGCGCAUUUCCUGGUGCAUACCCGCACUGAGACGGGCAAUAAGGGCGAGGUCUACCACGUCGACCUGAAGACCAAUGCCGUCACACAGGCCUACGAGCUGCCUCUCCUCAAUGGGCCGGGAGCAUUUUCUACCAGCUCCCAUGGGGCCAAUGUCUACUUCACUCGAGUCACUGCAGACGAGGUCGUCAUUACCGCAUCUGGGUCCCACGGUGUCAUUGGUCGGUGGCCAAUUCCCAAGCAAGCCACCGGAGCAGCAGCCCUUCACGGCGUGUCAGAAGUGGUCCUAAAAGGUAACGACAAGUAUUCCGUCAGGUCUGCUGUGGUCACCGACUCGGACGAUUGGACGCUUAUCUACAACGGCGAGUUCGGCUGGACUCGUCCGGAGGGCCUGAGUGGUGCUGUCGCUGCAACUUGGGCUGAGAUUCCUGAGUCCGAAGAGUUCGCUCGGACCCUGGAGGCUGAAGCACACAGCAGUCCCUGGGCGGCUUACGUGCACAGAGUGAACCGCCACAUCCACGAGCUCCAGUAUCUACCUGCCUGGCUUCAGUCCAUUCCUUCGCGCUUUGUGAGCAGUGUCCUUGGCACCGAUGGCCCAGCUCCCACGGGCCAACUCACCAAGGACAGCUUCGGCUUCCACAAGCUUGUUGUUCUUGCCACAAAGCGAGGCAAGAUCUACGGUCUGGACGCGGGCAAUGCUGGCAGGAUUGUAUGGGGCAAGAACGCACACGAGACCCCGGCUGUGAAGCCCUGGGAUGUCAAGGCCAUCUUCGCGGAUGACCGUCUAGGCUUCGUUACCAUCCGUGGCGCUCAUGGUGAGUUCAUCAUUGUCCGAUCGGAGACUGGCCAGACUGUCGAGGUCAUGCCCGCUGGGUUGAUGCCUGCAAUUGAGGGCGCAAUUCCCGUCGACAGCGAGGCUGGUUCUUGGCUUCUUCCCAUCGGGAUUGGUGGUGAGCUCAGUGAGGUGCCCAACCACUGGGCUCCGAAACAGAUUAUCGUGACCCGCACUGCUACUGGCGAACUUCAAGGCAGCCAGUUCGUCGCAGGCACUGAGAAAUCUACAGCUGCGCCUGUGUGGACUUUCUCUCCUCCAAAGGGUUUUACCAUUGCAACUGUGGCAACGAGAAGCCAGCACGAUCCCGUGGCCUCUAUUGGACGGGUCUUGGGUGACCGCAGCGUCAAGUACAAGUACCUGAACCCAAACACGAUCGUGGUAACAGCCGUUGAAGCUUCCACUGCCUCGCUCACUAUCUAUCUUCUCGACUCGGUCUCUGGACAGAUUCUUACUUCGUCUGCCUUUGAAGGCGUUGAUGGCAGCAAGGACAUCAAUUGUGCUCUGGCCGAGAACUGGUUCACCUGCACCUUCUACGGCGAGUACACCCUGCGGGACUCGACCCAGGUGCUCAAGGGCUACCAGUUGGUCAUCACAGACCUUUACGAGUCUGAGGUCUCGAAUGACCGUGGUGUUCUGGGAGAUGCGCCAGACUAUUCCGCGCUCGAUCCUAUCGAUCUGCCCAGCGGCGCGCCGCUGCCCUCUGCUGUGUCCAAGACCUUCGUCCUGUCCAGCCCUCUCACCGCUCUUGCCGUCACUCAGACACGCCAGGGCAUCACAACAAGACAGGUCCUCGCUUAUGCCCCUGAACUGCACUCCAUCGCUGGCCUGCCCCGUCAGCUCCUGGAGCCUCGCCGCCCCGUGGGCCGAGACCCGACCCCGGCUGAGGUCGAGGAAGGCCUGAGCCGGUACCAGGCCGCCAUCGAGCUGGACCCGCGCAUGAUGAUCACACACCGGCGCAGCGUCCUCGGUGUGCGCGACAUCAUCACCGCGCCUGCCACGCUCGAGAGCACGAGUCUCGUGUUCGCGUACGGCAUUGACAUAUUCGGCACGCGCGUCGCGCCGAGCCAGGCGUUUGACAUUCUCGGCCGCGGUUUCAACAAGGCGACCGUAGUCGCCACUGUGCUUGCGCUUAUGGGUGGUGUCGCUUUUCUGGGACCGAUUGUGAGGAAGAAGCAAAUCGACCUUCGGUGGCAGACGAGCUAAGCACAUGACUCAUGGAUGAAAGAAGUUCAAGAAGGACAAAGGCUCUAUGACGCAGUUUAGGGCAACGAAGGAGGGUCGAAAUGAAGACUCUGGACGAAUUGUCUUUAGCAUAGAGAGGAUAGUACGUGAUGCAUAUACGAAUAGAGCGGAAAAUUUAUAGGAUGGCUCGGUGGCG